ACCAUAACCAUACAUGCACCAAAAUGAAUCAAUCCAAACCAACAAUCAUCGGAAUCUACGGCAUCCCCGGAUCCGGAAAAACAACCCUACUAUCCCAACUCAAGAACCAGCUGAACCCCGAAUCCUUCUCCUUCUAUGAUGGUUCCAGUGUCCUCGACUCGCUCGUUCCUGGCGACCUCCCUGCCUUCCAAUCCCUCUCAUUUUCCGAGAAGACAACCUGGCAAGAAAAAGCCAUCACAUCUAUAAAAAGUGAAUGUACUGCCUCCGGACAGACCGGGAUCGUCACCGGGCAUUACAUUUUCUGGGACGAUAUCGAUCAGGAAAAGGAGACGGUCCUGACGGAAUGUGUUCUCAGCGUGUAUACCCAUAUUCUGUAUCUGAAUAUCCGUGCAGAGGUGGUUUAUUCUCGUCGGGAGAGGGAUACUGAGCGCCAGCGCGCACGGAUUUCCAUCUCGGAGUUGGGGCGGUGGAUGGAGGAGGAAAUGUCCGAGUUGACGGGGGUGUGUUUGAGUCGCGGGAUUUUGUUUGUGAGGUUGAUGCCGUUGUGUCUUGAGAGGAUUGCUGCGCUGGUGGAGGAUUUUAGGCGGCAUGAUGAGGUGAAUAAUGAUGGGGUAGUGGGGAGGUGUAUUGAUGGGGUGGUUUCUCCGGCAGGUAUGGGUCUGGAGAAGGUGCUUGUGUUUGAUGCGGAUCGGACCCUGGCGGCGAUUGAUACGGGGAAGAGGUUCUGGGAGCAUGUACCUGGGGCUGGAUGGGGGAUGUUGCAAUGGGUGUUUGGCAGUCAGCUGGGAUAUUCGUAUGCUGCGUUCCGUCAGGUGGUUUUGCUGUAUGAGCAGGAUGUUGAGGAUGAACAGUAUGAAGAGAUCUGUGGUCUGGUUGCAGCAGAGGUGAUGUUGUAUCCCGAGGUUGCAGGUCUGCUGCGUCGGGUCUUGGAGCAUGCUCAUAUUGGCGUUGUUGUGGUGACGUGUGGCUUGCGGCGGGUGUGGGAAAAGGUCCUGGAGCGAGAGGGCCUCUGGGAUAGGGCCAAGGUGAUUGGUAGUGGGAGGAUCUCGGAUGGCUAUGUGGUGACUCCCCGGGUCAAAGGUGCCUUGGUGGAGCGCCUGAAGAGCCGUGGUCUGAAGGUCUGGGCGUUUGGGGACAGUCCGGUUGAUAUGGAGAUGCUUCGCUGUGCUGAUCGUGCCGUUGUGAUUGUUGGUGAUGACGGUAUCAGAAGUAGCACUAUGAAUACCGUGCUCGAGACUGAGAUUGAUCACGGCUUCCAGGCUGUCCAGGUGUUGCUUCCGGAGUCGGUAUCUCCACGCCUUGAUAUCGCAGUCCUUCCGGUUAUUACAUUGGAUGACCCGAACUUCCUGGGACCAAUCCUCGCAUCUAACUUUCACCUCGUCCACGCCACUCACAAAGGAGCAGCAAAGCUGCUGCAGACUCCCAUGCGGGAUGCUGGGAUAGAAGGUCCGGCUUUGCGCAAAGCUCACAGACGAGCAGGGUUCUACCUGGCAGCCGAGUAUCUCACGGACCUGGUUGGCCUGGAAGCCUGCGCUAUCGCUCACGUCCAAGGAAACACGACUAUUGGCCAUCAACUAGCCGACGAAGCAAGCACUGUCAUCAUCGCCUUGAUGCGCGGUGGCAAGCCCAUGGCGUUUGGUGUCAACGACGCUUUCCCAAAGGCCAGCUUCCUCCACGCAGCUGAGGUCGAAGACGUGAAGCUGCAUCAUGUGCAGGGGAAAGCGAAUGUCAUGCUUGUUGACUCGGUUGUCAAUAAUGGGACAACCGUUAUUGAGUUCGUCAAACAUAUUCGCAGCUUGAAGAAAGAUAUUCGGAUUGCGGUUGUUGCGGGGGUUGUACAGGUCAAGGCGGUUGCUAAGAAUGGCCCGUUAAGGGCUCUGGCGAGAAAUGGUGGCUUGACGGUGGUUGCUUUGCGGUUGUCGGAGAACAAAUACACCGGAACCAAGGGCACAGAUACUGGGAACCGGUUGUUCAAUACGGUGGACCUUGCUUGA